UAUACGGAAGCCUCGAGCAUUUUCCUACUACCUCUUUUCUUUCCCGGGUUGAUCCCGUAUAAUCUGAAAAACGGCUGGUCUGUUCACAUUCGUUCGCUCGCUCGCUCGCGCACGUUCGAGACUCGGGUCGUCGUCGAUAAGUAGCUUCGCGGCCACGGCUGCAAACCGAGUGAGGAUAUCUGAGAGGUUCGCCUAUACCUAGUUCACAUCCCCGAGGAUGAAGGUAUCGGCGUCCCUACUUUUCGUGCUCGGCUCCCUGUCGCUCGUUCAGGCCAGCACCUACCAUUAUUAUGACCAAACUGAGAAGAGAGGACUGCUGGAUCAGCUGCUCGCCCGUGGAAAUGGAGAUGGGAACAGCCGCGGGGAGCGCCAGGGACAACGGCAGGGACAGCAGGCUGACGGCGUGGUCACGGAAACGUUGAGGCAGACCGUUACGAUAUCGGCUGGAAUCAUCGGAGGAUUCUUCAACAGGACCGUCACAGUUACCCAAACGGCUGCUGGCGCUAUCGCCACCGGAGCACCAUCGACCGUGACGGAGAAAGCACUCACUUCGACGAUCACUCAAGUGUCUACCAUCACCAGUGUCUCUACCGUCAUACAGGCGUCGACUGUCGUCCAAGUGUCUACGAUAACUAUGAUGCAGAUGAUUGCAUGCGGGACGCCGGUAGGAACUCCGGUCCUCCCCGGCGAGGCCUCACUCAUCGCGUCGUCCGCUGCCCGAGCAGCUUCCUCAGCCUUGGUCGUCAUAGUGCCGCCUGUAGGAACAUCGUCAGCCGCGGCCACGCCAUCAGCUUCCUCAGCGGUAGAGUCAGUUCCGGCGGUGUCUUCCUCCGCCCCGGUCAGUUCCAGUGCGAUAGCGUCGAGUUCGGUCGAGAGCAUCGUGGCGACGUCUUCCUCCGCUGUCGCACCUGUCGACUCUUCGUCUUCAACAGCGGUGGCAGAAACGUCGGCACCGGCAGCAUCAGAAGCUGCGACCUCGGCGCUAGCUGAUACGUCCGCCGUCCUAACAUCGUCGGCGCCAGUAGAGACAAGCUCUGCGGUUGAAGCCACCCCCUCGACUACCAGUACCGCCGCCGCCGAAUCGUCGCUUGUUCUCCCUAUCCAAGGCUCGACGUCAACUACAGAAACUGCUGCAGCUCCUAGUACGACCGCACCUUCCGCUGCCUCGCCUACGCAAGCCAUAACUACGCCGCUCGCCGCGCAGUCCUCCCUCCAACUCCCCGUCGAAACGCCCACCGUCCCGACAGGAGCCAAUAAUGCUGUGGGGAACGUGCCUCUGCCUGCCAUCACAGCGACGACGUUCGCCGGCGUAAACGAGGGCCCUUCGAUCGACCUUAGCGGCGUCACGCUUACAAACGUCCUGAACCUGGGAAGUCUCGGACGACGCGCUCAAUAAGACGAGGUAUAGAGAGCAGGCCGUCGUCAUGAUUACUAGCAAGGGCAGAAUGGGAUUCGGGUAGGGGAUUGCAUACGCUAGCUGCUUGCGAUCUGCGAGGUGGAGUGGUUGGUUACCGUCAUUAUAAAGUUAAUCAGGUUCGGCUCAAGUUGGGAUAUGGAAGAGGAGGCGGAAGG